AAAUAAAUAGUGGUGCAGCGUCAGAUCUGAGACAAAAGAAGAAAACACUAAUAUUUCAUCUUAACACACAUCAGAACACAGAUCGAGCACAAUGGAGGGUAAAGUGUGUGGAGGAACAUCUGAGCCGAAUAAGGCGACUAAGGAUGUGCAGAAGCUUUGUGAUGAGGUGAAGCAUCAGGUAGAGGAGAAGGCUGGAAAGAAGUUUACGACUUACGCUGCCAAGUCUUACACAACUCAGGUUGUGGCAGGAACCAACUUUUUUGUCAAGGUUCAUGUUGGAGGAAAUGAUUACAUUCAUGUGAAGAUUUAUAAAGCUCUUCCUCACACUGGUGAAAAACCAAAGGUUUCUGCAGUCCAGUGCUCCAAAUCUCAACAUGACGCUAUUGAGUUCUUCUAAACUGUUGAUGUUAACCUUUAUUCAGAACCCAAUAUUCAUCCACUCCAGUGUCUAUGAAAUUUAAAUGACCAACACUUUGUUUGCUGCGUUAAAUCUCAAAUUUUUGCUAAAAUAAUUGCACAUAUCUAUUAUCAUUUCUAAUGUUUUAUGAAAGAAAAAUAUACUUUUGAAUAAUUAUUUUUUUAAAUGUAUUUUAAAUUUAAUUUAGAAAGACAAAAUGCUUAUUUACUUUACUUUAGCUGUGUACCAAACCAAUUUCCUGAGGAAUUGAAAUACAAAUCCUCAUUGUCUGUCAUCUUAGCACAUUCGAAAUGUAUGGUUAUGUUUAAAACAUUUGCAUAUCCAUUAGAGACAUGAUUUUGCAAGCAUCAAAUUUUGACUAACUUCUAACACCACAUUCAUUUUGUUCAGACUUUAAACAACAUACUGUAUUAAUAAUGAAAAAGUCAAGGAUUGAGAUUCUGUUUACUAUGGGACUGGUUUAAAGAAAGUUUUUUUGUUUGUUUGUUUCAUGCACUUUUGUGCAAUGACAGUAGUUUGGAAAUCCACAGGAAAAUGUUUUAAAAGAGUGUUUAUCUACAGUUUGUAACAGUAAUAAAAGUACAGACAUUUUACAUUUUGUGUGUGAAAUUAUUUUAGUAAUCACCACUGUAUAUCUGUUCAUAAUAAUUCAGGAUUGAACCCAUGACCUUUUGCACUGCUAAUGCAAUGCUCUAUCAAGUAAGCUGCAUGGGGAGUUUUUGUUAUGAUGAUGUACCAGCUAAUCACACUAAAAAAUAACUGUACUUAUGCAGCUGUUUUCCAGUAACUUACUGUAAACUGGCAACAGUUUGUUUAAAGUUAAAUGAACAUUAAACAUGAACAA